AUGCCCGAAGAACAAAUCCUCCAAAUAAAGCCACAUGCAUUUUCACUGCAGUUCUGGGAGGUAAUAUCAGAUGAGCAUGGGAUCGAUCCAAACGGCCAGUAUCACGGCGAUAGCGAUCUGCAACUUGAGCGGAUCUGCGUUUACUAUAAUGAAGUCCAAAAACAACGAUACGUGCCGAGAGCAGUGCUGGUGGAUUUGGAGCCGGGAACGAUGGAUAGCGUUCGAGCUGGUCCUUUUGGGCAACUGUUUCGACCGGAUAAUUUUGUUUUUGGUCAAAGCGGUGCGGGUAACAACUGGGCCAAAGGCCACUAUACGGAAGGAGCAGAGCUAGUGGACAGUGUGCUGGAUGGUUUUCAAUUCACGCAUUCGCUUGGAGGCGGCACCGGUUCCGGAAUGGGUACACUGCUGAUUUCAAAGAUUCGUGAAGAAUAUCCGGAUCGAAUCAUGACUACCUUUUCGGUCGUUCCGUCGCCUAAGGUACAUAUUUCUCACAUUUAA